ACAAGCAAGAACAGGCUGUUUGGUUUAAAUUAGAACAAACAAACAAACUCUCUCCUCUGUCUCUUCUAUAUAAUAAUAAUAAUUAAGGGUUUCGCCUUUGUGUGUGUUCUAUCAUUUGUCGCAAGCAGGUCUCUCUUUCUCUCUCUCGCAUCUCUUCCGCGCUUCAUUUUUCUUUUGGAACUUAUCUCUUCCGUGCUUCAUUCAGGAGGGUUUUGAAACAAAUGCAGAAACAUGUAUUUGAAAGCUGAACAGCAGUGCUCUACUACUAGUACUGCUUUACACCUCCCUUCUCCUCCCUUUUUCUUCACCACCCUCAUCCCUCAUCAUCCCUGCUCUCACUCUCAGAAUGUUCGAAUCAACGCCUCGUGGAAGCAUGUUCUAUGCGUGGACGGUUGACUCUCUUCUUGCUUCUUGACAUCACCCCCAUCCCAUUUUUUUCUUUUCUUUUUUCUUUUUUUUUUAGUUGUAUAUUUGUAGCUCUUUAUUACCCCUAUUGCUCUUAGCAUUACUAGUAGUGAAGCUAAAUCCUAUGGAGAAGAAAGGGACAGUGCUGAUGCUCCGUUACGAGGUCGGCAAGUUACUUGGCCAGGGUACCUUUGCCAAGGUCUACCAUGCCAGGAAUCUCGUUUCUGGUGAUGGUGUCGCUGUUAAGGUCAUCGAUAAAGAUAAAAUCGUCAAUGUUACUGGUAUGACCGACCAGAUCAAGCGUGAGAUCUCUGUCAUGAGACUCCUGUCACACCCAAACAUUGUCCACCUCCAUGAAGUCAUGGCCACUAAAUCUAAAAUCUACUUCGUCAUGGAGCACGUUAAGGGCGGUGAGCUUUUCAACCAAGUCUCCGCCGGCAAACUCAAAGAAGGCGUCGCCAGAAAGUAUUUCCAGCAGCUUGUCCGCGCCGUACACUACUGCCACACCCUCGGAGUUUGCCACAGGGACUUGAAGCCUGAGAAUCUUCUCUUGGAUGAACAUGGGAAUCUCAAAGUCUCUGAUUUUGGACUCAGCGCUCUUUCUGACUCUAGACGCCAAGACGGCUUGCUCCACACCACCUGUGGGACCCCUGCGUAUGUUGCACCUGAGGUUAUGAGCAGGAAUGGGUAUGACGGGUUUAAAGCCGAUGUGUGGUCUUGUGGUGUCGUUCUUUACGUGCUCCUUGCCGGUUAUCUCCCUUUCCGUGACUCCAACCUCAUUGACUUGUAUAAGAAGAUUGGUAAAGCCGAGUUCAAGUUCCCCAACUGGUUUGCUCCCGGGGCUAGGAGAUUGCUCAAGAAGAUCUUGGAUCCUAACCCCAACACGAGGAUAUCUACUGAGAAGAUCAUGCAGAGUUCUUGGUUCAGGAAAGGCCUAGAAAAGGAGAAAGACGAUGCUGAUGAUGCAGAGACCGACGACGCAGAGUCAACGGUGCAUGAGGACUGUGACAAGGCAAAGAAGCAGUGUAUCAACCUGAAUGCUUUUGAGAUCAUUUCGCUGUCCACCGGGUUUGAUCUCUCGGGACUGUUUGAGAAAGGCGAAGAGAAGGAGGAGAUGAGGUUUACGUCCAACCGAGAGGCGUCAGAGAUCACGGAGAAGCUGAUGGAGGUAGGGAGGGAACUUAAGAUGAAAGUGAAGAAGAAGGAAGAAGGAUGGAGGGUGAAGAUGGAAGGUAGAAAAGAGGGUGCAGGGGUGGAAGCGGAGGUGUUUGAGAUUGCGCCAAGCUUCCACAUGGUGGUGAUGAAGAAGAACGGUGGAGAUACUGCGGAGUAUAAGAGAUUGAUGAAGGAGAGUAUAAGGCCAGCUUUGAUGGACAUUGCAUUGGCUUGGCAUUGAAACUGUUAAACUACUACUAUCUUUUUUUUAUAUUUCUUUCGUACUAAAAUGUUUAGUUUCGUUCUUGAUUCUGAUGAUCUUUAAGACGUUUGUUUCUUGUUUUCGAGGUGUAACAAUAAUAAACUCAUUUCACUACACGAAAAA